CUGUCUUUUCAAAGGUAGAACAGAUGGAGGAAGCUUUGUUUCCACUUUCCAAUAUGUAUUGGAGACAAGCAACUAUCGACCAUUCUUUAUAUGGUCUUGUCUUGAAGAAGGAGGAGAUGGCCUUCAAAUUUAAUCUAAUAAUAAAACAUCGACAAGAUGAUAUUCUGGUCAAGAACCCGCUAACGUGGUAUACACUGGAGGAAUACAGCAGUGCUGAAGCGUCCAGAGGGCAUAUGGGCGUAGGAUAUCAUCGAGUCCGGCUUUCUGGUAAAGAACCCACUAGCAUGGUAUACACUGGAGGAGAACAGCAAGUGCUGAGACGUCCAG